AUGGGAAACUGCUGUACAAAAAAUCAAUACAGUGACAUUCAGGAAAACUUAGCCGCAAUUGUGACUGAAGAAUGGUUUAUUGGGAAUGAUUACUUUGAUUGGGCUAGCUAUCAUCGUAACAUCGAAUAUGAAAAUUAUACCUUCUUUCAGAAAGCCCUGUACCAAGGAUGGAAAGAUAUUAAUCUUAAUCAGAAUUUCUUAGAAGGAUCAUCAACCACCCCUCAAUUUAACAACUCCGCGUACAUGCAGCUCUGCCUAGAUAUCAGAAAAGGAGUGCCAAACUAUUUAAUUCGAAAUGUUAUAACUUCCCCCCCUCCGUGAGUGAACAAAAAAAUUUUGUUCACUCACGGAGGGGGUUAAUUUUUUUUUUUAAAAAAAAUUUAUAUAUAAAAUAUAGAAAAUAUUUUUUUUCGAAAUUUAAAAAAACCUUAAUUCGCAAAAAUUGGAAAGCAAAAAUUAAUUUAAUUUAUAAAAUUUAUGUUUUAAAAAGCAAUUCGUUUAAAAAUCUAACAGAAUUAGCUCUAGAUUUCAUUAUAAUAGUUAUCACUUAUAUAUCAAAAUUUUUUUCCCUUAAUUUUUUUUUCGCUCACGGAGGGUGGGUUUUUGGGCAAAAAAUAGCGAUUUUUCUAAUGGUUUUGUUCACUCACGGAGGGGGGGAGUAAGCAAAUUAAUUACAUUUGACAACGAGAUUGCUAAAACAGAAUAUUAUGACUACACAAACAACUUGGAUCCCGAAUUAAACUUCUCUGAGCUUCCUCCAAGUGCUGAGCCUUUGUUUGGGAGAAAAGAUUUGAUGAAUUGUUUCUUAACAUUUCAAGGGGCUACCGUUUGUAAAACGAUUUUAUAUGUAAUUCAUAAAAAAUCGACUGAUAUAGAAGCCUGCUUAAUAUUGCCUAGGGUUGUUCAGGCUUUGCUCUGGUUUAUGAAGGAGCACGAAACUUAUCAAAUUAUCCAAGUUUUAAUUGCAGAGUCACACAAAUAAAAUGGCGACGACACCGACCCGUCCUCUCCCGGAACUGAGGCGAGAUUGGGGACCUUGCUGCGGCCUGAAGCCAAUCCGCUCAGGGAAAAGUCUGGAAUGGGUACUGGUAGUUUGUGUCCGGCUAGGUUUCCCUCCCAGUCCAGCAACGACGAUUCUAGGGUCGUCCCGAUAGGACACGGGGCAAAAAGGGUUUUUCCCUCUAGGGACCGCUAGUGCCAAUUUGGAGGGCAUGGCAGGAGCCGACAAGAGCUAAGGAGUUAAUCCUUAGCUCUAACCCUAGUCUGGCGACGUGAAAGCACGGUGACUCAGUUCGCCUACUUCCGGGAUAGCAUGACCAAGCCCCAUGACCGGAAGGAGCUGAGUGGUAGCCUGUGGCACUUAGGUGCACACUGGGAGCAGGGCAAGGAAAGCAAGCGAGGCGUCCAAAAGACGGAAGAAAAGGACCUUCGGUCCUGGCCGGGAGCUACUCUAUAAAUUUAACUAAGACUAAGAUUAAUUGCAGAGUCACGAUACAGAGAAAAUUGUCCAAAAUUCACAUUUCAUUUCCCGUUAACAGUUAUAAAGCAUAAAAGGAUCGUUAAGAAUAUUUUGAGAAAAGUCAAAGAAAUGCUAAAAGACGUUGAAAUCGCUGAUAAGAAAAUCGAAGAAGUUAUUAAAGAUAUUGCGUUUAACAUGCUAAUUGGGUAUAUAUCGCCUUCCUUUUAUCCAUUGAUUUUGAUGAAUUUUCUAGCUGAUGGAAUUGGGUCAGUCAUGAAGUUCACAACUGCAAUCGUAUAUUUGGCACUAAAAAGAUGUGAAGAGCUUAGGGAUGGAAAUAAAACAAUUCCGGAUUGGAAAUCUUAUGCCAGAACUCAAAUCGCAAUUUUUAAAAUCCUCAAAGUAAUUUAUGACUAAUGAGUUGUAUUCGGCUUGACAUUUUAUUCAAUUUUCUAUAGUAUCAAUUAUUAUUUUUCUAUUAAAAUCAAUAUAAACUGUAUACAUAUAGAAAGCCUUUAAAAUCAAUUUUGGCAAGCCUGAUGCCACUGAAACUUCAUCUGUCGCGACGGACAGCGAUGUUUUUAAUUAUGUCCCUUACUUCGAUGGAGCUUCUGCAAUAAUGAAAACUCAAGAAGACGUAAUUUCUAUAUAGAUCCAUAAUCUUUGCACGCUGAUUCCAAAAUUAUUUUUAAAGCACAGAAUGAGCUUAAUGUACUCUAUAACUUCAAAUGGAUUGGAUUCGGCAAAGUUUAUGAGUAGCAUUAUUAAUAGCGAUUCCCCAAUAAUAAUUUUAGUCGAAACCAAAAAAAACUAUGCGAUAGGGAUAUUUUUAGAUAGGACUAUAGAAAAUGAUAUGGAAAUGUGUAGCUCCGAAUGCAAACUGUUCAGUAUAAGACCUGAAAAAGUCGCGUAUAGUCAUAAAGAAGACGAAGCGAUUAGAAUCAGAGCCAACAUGAAAAUCGGUUUUUCAGUUUUAUCACAAGAAGGGUAAUUUUUAUAUAGAAACAUUAUUUUCCAAAUAUGCCCAGGUAUGAUUACAGGUAUAUCUAACGAAUCUACAGCAUUUAAUUCCAAGCAAUUAUUUAAAAACAGUGAGUUCUCUAUAUUCAAUAUUGAGAUCUACAAAGUUGCCUAA